UGGUGUCUGAGCCAAGGCAGCUAAGGAGGUCUGGCUUGAACAUUUUAGCAUCGCUUCAUUCAAUGUGAUCGGCUCGCGCGAUUCGCGACAGUGGAAUUUUCGUGUGAGGUAACAAAAAAAAGAAGUAUUUGAAAAGUCUCAGCACAUCCAACAGUGUAAAGUGAUUGGUAGAACAAAAAUUUUAUCUUGUGAAUUUACUGUGCGCCUAAGUGGAUUGUUCUUGUAAGUUUUCUACUAGGAUUUAGUGAACAAAACUCAGGAUUUUGUUUUUUUUUCUAUCACUAAUUCAGUGAUGUGAAGAUUUCACGCGGAAAAUUAUUUAAUGGUGAAUUAUUAAGGAACACGAAUAAAGAACAUUUUCCAAGUGUCGUUUUUUGUGUGGGCGAGAAAAAAAAGAGCAGAUUAGUUGAAUAAGAAAAAUUAUCAAGUCGAAUGAAUUUUGUGUCUAGUGAGAAGAACAUUUGCCGUCGGCUACAGAUUUGACUAAUAAGAAAGAAAGGGGACUUUUCAGUCUUUGUACGAUAGCGAAAGACGAACGCCAAAACAAAGACUUGAUGGAAUUCCCAAUUAAUGAAUUGAUGAAUUAUUUCCGUGAGAUUCACGAACAAUUUUUGGCAUAAUUGGUGUUUGGUGUGUGAAAAAGUUAGGUGUAGUAACGUCAAUAGGGAAGGAAAAGGAGUACGUAAUUUGAGUAGAGAAGUUUUGAGGAUAAUUGGCCAGAAUGUCUGUGCAAACAAAGCGUCAACAUUGCUACUUAUGCGAUCUACCACGGAUGCCGUGGGCCAUGAUCCAUGAUUUCAGUGAGGCCGUAUGCCGUGGCUGUGUCAACUAUGAGGGCGCAGACCGAAUUGAAUUGGUACUAGAUACGGCCCGUCAAAUGAAACGUGCCCAUUCGGCCGGAAAAAGAGCCCAUGAAAAUGGUGAAGUAGCGGCAGCACAUCGCGGUGUUCCCGCUUCACAUCAUCAUACAUAUGCAUUACAACGUCCUGCCGCUGCGGCACCGGGACUCAUGGACUAUACAACAAAAUUGGAACCGCAUGAGGCUACGGUGAGGCCGGUGCGUAUUUCGUCUCAUAUGCCGCCACAUCAUUUGCCCAUGUCGAAUAGGGCAGCGGCAGCACCGCCAGCACUUUCAGUAAAUCUUAAGCGUCCUCCACCGGACGACGACGAACAUGCCGACGGCGUUCCAAGUGUAAGCGUUAAACGCAGUCCUGACGAUGUACCGUCGGCACGACCACCGCUUACGCGGGGUGAGUCCCUACCAGCGGCACCAUUUGUCCCUGAUAGACAGCCGAGUUUCAAGGACAAGCACCCAGUUCGUGCACCAUCCUUCGAUACAGCCACUUUCAAACCCGGAGUCUACCCAACAUCCAUGCCACUACCACAAGUGUCGCUGGGAGAUUCAACGCCUCCAGCACCUCCAGUACCACCAUUGCAAAGUCCGAUGGCUAAUCUGAUGUCUAUUACAGAGACAUUGCCGCCCGGAAGUCCGAGGAGCGGUCCAAGUCCGCCAGGACCUCCGCCACCCAGGUCCGCCUCCAGGGGAAGCCAGCACUCGCCCAACAGUUCAGGCUCCUCAUCAGGACGUCGAUCGUCAGGGUCAAGGCAUGUGUCUAGCACAACGGUGACGUCAACAGAGGCGCAAGGUAGCUCUGGUAUUGGCAAUGGUCCAGCUCCAAGUGGUGUAGCUGGUCCUGGGCAGGCAGGAGCACCUGGUGCUGGUGCAGGAGCCAAUCCUGUGACAGGAAGUGGAGUUCCACCUGUUGUUGAUGGCAAUGGACCAACAGUGCCGUCUUCAGGUACUCCAGCUGGUCCUGGUGGUGCUCCUGGUACCAAUUCCUCCAACAAUCCCACCCUCAAGUGCACCCUGUGCCAGGAACGACUCGAGGAUACACAUUUUGUCCAGUGCCCGUCUGUCAAUCACCACAAAUUCUGCUUCCCCUGCAGUCGUGAGAGCAUAAAGCGACAGGGCUCUGGUGCGGAAGUUUAUUGUCCAAGUGGUGAAAAAUGCCCUCUGGCCAAUUCUACGAUACCUUGGGCAUUUAUGCAGGGUGAAAUUGCCACGAUCCUCGGUGAGGAGCUUAAGGUGAAGAAGGAACGAGAGACUUAACUACGUCCUCCGCCUCAAGAUACCCCCGAGAAUAUCCCGUGGACGUCCCACACCAUCUGGCUACCUCUGUGACCGUGGAACUCUGCAUGAGCCACCAACGAAAUGUACUUUUCACCUUGUUGCGCCCCCGAUGGACAAAUGUAAAAGAGAGUAAGAGAGGAAAUUGUGGCGCGCGCGCUGACCUUUUUGGGCUCCAUGAGCUGUUUUUAUUUUCGAUGUUUUCUUUUUUUUUUGUGUAAUCUCCCCCUUUUGCAAGAAGGAUUUGUUGGGGGGAGGGGUGGACGAUCCAGGAUAACAGUGACUGCAAACAUUUGUUCUCAAGAAUACACACCGGAUGGUGGUAUUUUUUAUUGUGAGAAGAUGGAAAUGCAUUUUUUGUGUUUUUUUUGGGGUCAGGAGGAGAAAUUUAACUUUCGAUUGUGGAUGCAUUUCUCAUCCUUGGGAAAACAGGAAGAAAGGAGUUUGUCUUGAACUUUUUUUUUCAAAGUGGUGAGAGACAAAAUAACACUUUUAUUGAACGUGAUGUACGCUUUUUUCUGCAAUGGAAAAAUCAUCUCUGGAUGCAAGAGGAAAAAACACAUUGUAGCAAGGAUCACAAUAUCCCUUUUUUUGAAAUAUAUAAAACUAAUAGAGAAGAAAAAAAAACACAGAAACUUUUUGAAGUGGGAAUAUGAGAUAACAAUAACAUAGAGAAGAUUUAUGCUAAAAAAAAGUUAUUGUAUAUUUGAUAAGAUGGAUAACACAAAACUUUUCUUAUUUAAAGUAACAGCUCUAUUUUCAGAGUUUGAUAAUAAUAUUAAUAUAUUUGGAGGGGAGGUGUUUUUUUUUAAGAUCAUUGAUGAAAUCUAUGAUAUUUGUCUAUUAGUUUGUCUAUUUUUUUCUCUUUGAUAUUUUUGUGUAAAUUGUGCAGAUGGACAUGCAACAAUCAAGUGGCGCGAAUUGAUGGAAAUGUGGUACACAGUAAAAAAAUGUUGGCUGCUUUACCAUGAUUUUUAUUGUAAAUUUCACAUUAAACAUGUAAUCGUGUGUACUAAUACACAUUUGUGUAAUUUGUACACAUUUUGUCUGAAAACUGUGUAAUUUGUACACCUUUUAUUUUAAAACUGUGUAAUUUCACACGAAAUAUGUAAGAAAAUAUACAAAACUGUGUAAUCAUUCCCUGUUGAUUACACAAUUUACAAUUACAUAAAAUUUAAAUUACACAUUUUCAGAUUACACAGUUUGUUGAAAUACAUAAUUUGUGUAACUUUACAAGAAUAAUCGUGGUAAAAAAGCAAACUAAUGAUUAUCUUUGUAAAUUUUUUUUACUGUGUAGGGAAACCUCUAGAGAGUCAUCCAAAUAGAGACAUCAGCGCUUUUUAUACUUUUAUUCAAUUAACUAAUUAGAGAAGGAUGAAGGGUAAUCCCCAAAAAUAGUGGUGACUUUACUGUUGUCGCUUUGGUCAUUGGGUCUCUCUCAUAAUUUCUUCGGCCCCAAAAGAAUGGAAAGGGGGACAAAUGAGGAGAUUGUCGUUGGCAAGGUUGAUGAGACAAUGUGUCUUAUUCACUUUGCGUGACUCAAAAUCGCCUUUUGGUGGCAAACCCUCGCGUGUUUGGGAGUUCUUUGGGCGCGCUGUGACGUUUUUUUUUGUGUUAUUAGGGGGGUCGUGUUGCAUUUGAACAGCGCAAUUAUCCUCGCAAGCGACCCCUGAACGUGAUAUUGACGUGAGGCAGCCUAAUUAUUGGAAGGAAAAAAAAGCAAGGCUCACCAUUGAAAGAAGGGUGAUGCUCAGAGUAAUUAACAAGAUAGUCUCCUGUCGAUUGAAUCGAUUUGAAGUCACAGUGGAAAAAUAAUCUAAAGGUGUCUACACAUUGAGAACAAUUUUUGUCAAAAAUUGCUUUUUUGAAGGAAAUUGGCUGCAGUGUUUUAAGGCGUCUACACAUUGGGAGCAAUUUUUGUCAAAAAUUGCUUUUUUGAAGGAAAUUCCCUGCAUCGUUGUAGGUGGAAACGUCAAAUUUCUGUCAAAAACGCAAUUUUUGACGAAAAUUGCUCCCAAUCUGUAGACGCCUUUAAGCAGAAGCGUCAAAAUUCUGUCAAAAAUGCAAUUUUUGACGAAAAUUUCUCCCAAUGUGUAGAGGCCUUAAAACCGAUAUCAAUUGUUCAAAUGGGUUUCCCUUCGGCAGAAACUUUUCCAUUGUUUCUUUUCAUUGUACAAAUUUUUUUCGAAGGGAUAGUUUUAACACUAUCCCUUCAUUUUACAAUCUAAGUUUAUAAUAUAUUUCUUAUUUAACAAAUUAAAAGAGGAAUUUAUUUAAUUCUUUUUAAGGAUAAAAAAAAUAUUUUUACAAUUUGUUUGUGCAGAUGACAGGAUUGGAUCUUCCUGCAUCUCUAAUUACUUUGUAUAUAGCAAAAAGGAAAUCCUUUAUAGAUUUACAGAGAGAUCAAGGAGUAAUCUUACGGUAAUAUUGGAAUAAUAUAACAAUUUAAUAAUGAAAGAAUAUAAGGUAGAAAAUUGAAAUUUGUGUAAAUAGUUUUCAAGGAAAACAUAAUAAAGAAGAAAAUUGACCAUUGAGAAAUAGAUUAGGCUGAUAAAGUGAAGAAAAAAACGUGAAUUAUCUGUACAAAAGAAAAAAAAUGUGAAAAAAUCUACUUGAAUAUUUGAUAAAAAAUAAAAAAUAGUGAAUAUUUGAAAAAAUAGUGAAUUUUCAGACGAAAAACAAAAAUCGUACAUUGCAUAGCCCCUUUUAACCCGUUUUCGUGCAGACUGCAAGAAUAAAGGGGUUUAUCAUUUCACGUUCUAAAUUCCAUCAGAGAUGCCAUCAUAAAGUGCAUAACUGUUAUACAUAAAAAAAAUCAUUGGUAAUUGUUAUUUAGACAUAAAUGGUGAAAAUAUUACAAUAAAAAAAGCAUAAUAGUGGAUUAAUUCAAGUGAACACAGGAUGAAAAAGCACCAAUAAUUUAUUUUUUCAAUUGUAACCAUUUUCAUCGUAAACAACAACAAAAAGAAAAGAUGACACAGGAUAAACAAGAAUUUAAAUAAUUAUUUUUCACCGUACUUGCAAACCUUUUUGGAUAUUCAAUUCUUUUACAUUAAUUCCUUAAUUUUUUUCACGCGGAAUAAUUAACAGACUUUUAUUUUCAUUUUUAAAAAGCAAGAAAAAGAAUAUUGAGAAAUGUGUAAAAAGAAAUUAGACUAUAAAUAAAUUUAUCUCUUUCGAUAUAACCAAGGCGAAGAAAAUAUAGCAAAAAAAAAACAAUAUUGAAAGUAAUACUUUUAAAAAGAAAUUAAUGGCGAUAAAAUUUCGUGUAUUUUUUGAGUUAUUUUUGUCAAUCUAAAAAAAAAUAUUCAACAUUUUUUUCUCUACUAAAAUUGAUGAAAAUUAAACAUUUAACACAAGAAGAAAAUAAAAGAUGAAAAUUCGUGAUGAUGCAGAAAGAAAAUAGAAAAAUAUAAUGGGAAUGGUGUUCGACAUAAUUUUUUGUUUAAGUAUUUAAAAAAAAAAUGAAGAGAAACUAAUUGACACUUAAAUAGAGAAAAAACAAUGAGAAAAAAAUAUUAAAAUACAUUUAUUGUAAUUUUUUUGUUCUUAAUUAAUUAAGCUGAGCGCGAUUAAUUGACAUAUUUCUUGCGAAAUUCUCAUGCAUUAGCGACACCAGAAUGGACGAUAUAUGAAAUAUUAAAAAAAAGACAGAAAAAAAACAAAACAAUAAUUCACAGAAAAGUCCCAUAGAGAAAAGAAAGUUUCCCAGAAGUUCACCAAGAAUUUUGUAUAUGACGAAAACAAAGAAUUAAUUGUCAAUUAUUGAUCGCGCAUUGGAACUCAACACUCGCCAUGAAUGUAAAUAUUGUGUAUAACAAAAAAAAAGAAAAAAAAUCAUUAAGAAAUAACUGAGAUGAAAGAGAGAAUAAUUUAAAUCAUGUAAUGAAAAGAAGUGAAAUAUUUAAAAAAUAUAAUCUUAUGGAGCUAAUAACAUUUAGUAUUGAAUGAGACAUUAAAGAAAAAAAACAUUAAACAAUGAAAUCAUAAUAGAACAAAAAUAUAUUUUUAAUUUUUUGACAACAAACUGGUACAGUUUGUGGAAAGAUUUGUUGAAGAAAAAUGUCCUUAGCAUUUAUCCACAUGUUGACAAAUAUUUGAUCUCAUGAUAUGUUUCAGUCUGGAGGCGUUCCCUAAUUGGUUGAGGUUUUAAAGAUCUUUAAACUUUAGCCAAUCAGAGAAACCUAGGAGACUAAUUGAAGUGAAACUAACUUCAGAUUGCUGUUAUAGAGGCUUCAGACCAAUUGCUCUAAUUUCUUAUUAGACAAGAUUUUCUGUAAAUUUUACUUAUGUGGCGGUACGUCCCAUUGAGGGACAAGGCCUCUCGUACCAACCUCUUCCAGUCCUGGGAUGGAAUGAUAACUUUUCGACACUAUCGAAUCGAUUGUAUCGAUAAAUUUAUAUCUGAUAGAUUAAGUGAAUGCCGACUUUUUACGGACUGCUGGGCCAUUCAUUGUGACAUUCUUAAAAGAAUGAGACUCUUGAUAGACGUCUAUAUUAGUUACAGAAAGUGCAGCUAUUGUUUAAAUUUUUCAGAAUCGACAGUCGAUAGUAUCGAAAAUAAGUUAUCAUGUCACCCCUGGUAUCCUAUUCAGUCUGCCCUAUCGGAGGCUCCUUUCGAGUUUUCGUAACAAUCUUGCUUUUUCGGUGAAGGAUUGUUAGUCCCUCGCCCAAUCCUCUCUAGAAGGACCAGAUCCCUUGUGCGUUAGCCUCAGGUUCGCCUCAGGCUCAGGGUCCCACUGGGGUUGGUUACCCAAUCUGCUAUCACUCACCUAAGUGUACCAGGACAGAACCUACCAGGAAUCUAGCCUGCUUGGAGGUGAUUAUAGGAAUUGACGCCCCAUUUAAACCCCUGAUCUAUUGGAUUUUGAAAAUCAAUUAAAUUGGUUCCUAUUUAGGAUUGUAAGACCUUCUGAAACUGAGCUAAAUCUCUAGUUUCAAGACUGCUUUACUUUCUAAACGGUUGUUGACUGCGCGUUCCUAUUACGCCUAAACAAAGUCUUAAAAUUGAUCACGAGUUUUCUUUAACGUUAAUUGGAUUAGGAACCGUGCUAACUGCAUUUCACGCUGAUUGAAAAAUGCAAAUUGUUGCUAUAGCCUUUCAACAUCUGAAUGUGAUUAAAUCAAUGAAAAAGACACGAAUUGACCUUACUGCUUUUCUCUCCUUUAUUCUCCUUACAACGUUUCGGAGGCUUGUUUCCUUCUUCCUCAGGUAUGGAAAUUUUUGGGGGGGAAAUUGUUUGGCGGGAAUCCUCUUACAGUGGGCACUGGGACUUUCACAUUGGACAUUGACAUGCACACGGUCCAACACGAAAUGAUCAGCCGAAUUUCCCAACUAAAACUUACAUUCACGGUAAUAAUGACGAAUGUGAUUAAAUCUUUCGUGUCUCGAACCACAGCUCGAUAUAGAGAUACUGGAAGCUUUGUUAAAUUCCAUGAUGGAGGUCGAAAGAAUACUGCUCCAUUUCGAACCGAAGUUAUCAAGAAAAUUAGGCAAAUUUAACGAAGUGCGAGCCGUAAGAACAAAUGGCCCGUUAGAUGCACAUAUCCCAAACAAUCAUUCAACGAAUAUUGAAAAACGAUCUUGAUUGAAAGCUUUGCAAUAUCCGAGGAGAAUAAGCUCAUUGAUACUUAAAAAGUUGUUAAACUUCAAUCUAAAAUUUGGAAGUAAAGCGUCUCUAGUCCUAUAGUGUGUUUAUCCUGAUGAUCCUGAGUCUAUUUGGGCUUCCAGUUGAGCAAUUCAUAGCUAUUUCAAAGAUCAUAGGCAUUUGGUAUGUGCAUGGCCACAAGAUGUCAAUCUUCGCUAUUUGUGGUGGUUUGGGCUACCGCGACAGCCAAUAACCGCUGUCCAUUGGCCUCUUUGGAUCGUAGUGUCAAAGUAAAUCCCAAUUUGGUUCCGGAAUUUGUCUUAAGGAGAACUCUGAAGCCGUGUACGUACAUGUAAACAUUCCGGAAAGAAAGGGUGGACGUUCCUAUAAUACCGUCACACAAAUCGCCAACCAAUUGGUUAUAAAACAAUGUCUCUUUGGUCCUUUUGAAUACUUUGCAGUCACAAAGAGUGUUACCGGACUUUCCGGUGAUUUGUUGCCCGGUCGCCUUAUUUUGGAGACGAGAGAGGACGGCCGUAUGAAUUACUCUUUGCUGUUUUUGAAGUGACACACUUAGACCUUUUGUCAAUCUCCUCUUCGUUUGAGCAAUACUGAGUGUUCGGGCCUCGACAGACCUGAAGAUUUGCUGAGAGACGGCUUAGCGAAAUUAUAUUCGCAAUAAUGGUUAAACUACUUUUCCAUCAUUUUACACUAAACCGUCUCUCGGCUUAAGUUGUAAGUCUGUCUAGGGCAUUCCCCUUGUUUGUGUCCUAAAAAUACUCCAGAAUUUAAUCAUUUUCAACCGUUUAUCAUUAAUGGAAUCGUGGGGUUGGAGCAUUAAAUUUAGAUCUCCAAGACUUCUUAUUGAUAACCACCUUAAGAAGUUGUUCGGGGUUGAUCUGAUGACGUUUCUGACGUUUCUUCAAAACGGUUCAAGACGUAUCUCGAGAUGUCCGCCCUGAGGUCAAUGCCUCCUCACAAUGGUUUACUAAAAUGGUCAAAUAGUCAAGUUAAAUAUACCAGAUUGUCGAUCAUUUGAAGAUAGUUCUUCUUCGUGAAUGGCCUCCUAUUCACGAUCAUAAUCCGUACCAAAAUAGUACAGCAUUCUGAAUAGUUCUAGUUGAAUUUUUCCACACUGUGCUGUCGGAUCAAAUAUUUGAUAACAUGUGGAUAAGUCUUUCACAUUUUUUUGUGUGAAAAAUAUUGCUAACAAGUUUGUUUCGUCAAAUAAUUUCCUCAUUUGUAAAGUCUUUUUUAUAUACAUUUAUUUUAACAUGUCAUACUUGUGUUAAAAUUGUUCUUCUUCAAAUUAUAUGGAGAUGACACAUCUAAAAUUGGUGCAACAUUUGUUCCACACGGAAUAGCAACCUGAAUAUUUGUAAAAUUUCUAUCAAAGUUAAGGUAUGAUUUAUAUUUAAAAUGAGAACAGCCAGGAGUGAAAUGUAAAUAAUAUUAAUGAGAAACACAUCUACGUAGAACAGAGUACAUCAAAUAGAGAAAAAUACGAUCUUUAAACAUGUUUCUUUUUCUUUCUUUGGUUGAAUUGACGGAAAAUAUUUCUUGUAUUUUCUCAUACAAUUCAAAAUGUGUUACCUAUUUUGAAUUUUCUUCCCUUUUUGACGAGGUUUGGUUUCUUGUUCUUGUAUCUCUGAUGCUGAAAGCACAUGGGCAUCGUUCCAACGAUCUCUUUUAUCGAAAGAAACAACAGCCCAUGUUGCGUUGUAACGCCCGAAGUCACGUUGUAACGACUAAAGGUUCUAAUGUGUUUUCAGCAUAUGAGUUUUCCUUUCAUUUUUCCUUACACAAUACCAAAUUACUAAGAAAAAAAAUGUAGACUUUUCGACAUCUGCAUACCUUUUAAUAGGACACUUAGAAAGGAGAAAAAAAUAAAACAUUUGCCAUAUGAAAUCAUAAAAAAAUAGUAUGUAAUAGAAAUUAGUCGAACUAUUAAUUGUCUAAGAAAAUAUUCUACUUUCCCUCAUCCACCUAUCUUCUUCUUUUCACCCCACAAAUAACUUCCAAUGUGAGCUUAAGCAUUUCAGUGAAACAAUUGGGAAAACACUUUAAAGUGAUUUUUUGUAAAUAUAGUUGAAUUAAGAUAUAUAAAAAAAAUGGUUUCCCAUUUUUUAUUUAAUCAAAAAGAAAAAUCAGAAUAAUAACCAUUUUCUUCCUAUUUUUUCUAUACACUUGAUAAAAAAACAUAACAACUUCUAAAACGAUCUUUUGUAUAGGACUUCUUAUAAUAAGAGAAUAUUUAAAGAAAGAAAAAAUAGUAUGAGUAAAAUAGUAAAGAAAAUGAUAUUCAUAAUUAAAACAUUGAGCAUAAUAAAAGAUAUAAAUAUAUGAAUGGAAUAAUUGAUAGAUGAAACUCAUAUAAUUAAAGGAUACAAUCAUUGAUAGAGGUUCUUUCUAAUUUAUUAUAUAUAUUUGUUAAUUGAGAUUGAGAAUACACAAUUUUAGGUAACAUGGAGGUGAAAAAAAAAUCUUUAUAAGAAACAAUAAGAGAAAUGGAACAGUAAUGUCGUUAAAAUAGACACUUGAAAUGCAUUUUACUCGAUGUACUAAUUGAUUUUAAAAAGAAAAGUGAAUUGAGAAAGAGCAGAAAUGAUGAAAAAAAUAUAAGGAAAAUUUAAUUAGA